UCUGUGUGUGUGUGUGUGUGUGUGUGUGUGUGUGCAGUCUUUCUUUGGCAGUCUUACUCCCGGCUGGAGCCGAUCUCAGACUGGCAGCAGCAAACAGACACUGAUCACUUUUGAAGACGUUCUAGUGUCUUGUGUCGGUGAUCUGGACUCAUCCAGGACUGUAGGUGCUGCUGAACUCUGACAUGUCCGUCUGGCACACACAGCAGAGGAGCACGGCUGGACUCCUGCUCCUGCUCACGCUCUGCUCCCGGAUCUCAGCGUUCAACCUGGACACAACAACCAUCCUCAUCAAGGAGGGAGAGGAGGGAAGUUUCUUCGGCUUUUCUUUGGCUUUACACCAGCAGCUCACACCUGAGCCUCACAGCUGGAUACUGGUUGGGGCCCCUCAGGCCCGAGGUUUGGGAACUUUGCAGAACAGCCGUCCCGGUGCCCUGUAUCGCUGCCCGGUUACAUCGGAGAAGUGUGAACGAGUGGACAUCGAUGGAAGUGUGAGUCUGGAGCAAGAGAGCAAAGACAACCAGUGGUUGGGAGUCACAGUUAAAAGUCAGGGGAUUGGUGGAAAAGUGGUGACAUGUGCUCACCUCUAUGAGCACAGACAACAUGUCAACCAGACGUUUGAGACACGUGACCCGAUCGGACGCUGUUAUGUGCUGAGUGAGGAUUUGACUGAGAGAGAUGAUCUAGACGGGGGAGAGUGGAAGUUUUGUGAAGGUCGUUCUCAAGGACACGAGCAGUUUGGAUUCUGCCAGCAGGGCCUGUCAGCUAGUUUCACACCUGACAAAAACUACAUCCUGUUUGGGGCUCCGGGUACCUACAACUGGAAAGGGCUGUUAUUUAUGGCCAGUCCUGUUGAGGAUGCUCUGGUCUACAAAACUGUGGAACCGUCCAAAAGCUCCGUCAAAGACGUCUCUCAGAACAGCUACCUGGGUUUCUCUGUAGACUCAGCCAAAGGUCUUAUAAGUAAGUCUGAGUUGACACUUGUGGCCGGAGCUCCUCGAGCCAGUCACAGAGGAGCCGUGGUUCUGCUGCGGAAGGACAGCGUCUACCGGCUGAUGCCGGACCAUAUUCUGUGGGGCGAGGAACUGGCCUCCUCCUUCGGUUAUUCUGUGGCCACUGCUGAUCUGAACAGCGAUGGUUGGACAGAUCUUGUAGUGGGAGCUCCAAAUUUCUUCGACCGAAAGGCAGAGAUUGGAGGUGCGGUGUAUGUGUUUCUGAACCCAGCCAGCCACUGGGAAAAGGCACGACCGAUCCGACUUAACGGAACGUAUGACUCUAUGUUUGGGAUGACCGUCAGCAGUGCUGGAGAUCUGGACUGGGAUGGUUAUGAAGACAUUGCUGUUGGAGCCCCGUUUGAUGGAGAUGGGAAAGUUUUUAUUUACCGCGGCACUUCAUCUGGCAUUGAUACCAAACCUUCGCAGGUUCUGGAUGGGCUUAAUGCAGGGGUCAAGCGACUGGGCUACUCCAUAUCUGGAGGACUAGAUGUUGAUGGAAAUUUCUAUCCAGAUCUAGCCGUCGGCUCCCUCAGUGAUCAGGUUGUGCUUUACAGGUCACGUCCAGUGGUCCACGUGAUCCGAGAAAUUUCCAUCGAGCCUCAGUACAUUGACCUCACGCAGCACAGCUGCCGGGGGCAAGAUGGUGUUUGUGUGGACGUGAAGGCCUGCUACAAAUACACGGCUUAUCCAGACUCCUACUCACCACAUAUCACACUCGCUGUACAUUUUGAGGCGGACGUAGAGCGCAGGAAGUUGAGUCUUCCUCACAGAGUUCACUUCCUGGACCGCAGUUUAUCAGGGCCGGAGUACGUUCAUUCUGUGGAAGUGGAGCUACGUGGACAAAAGCAUCCGGACUGUCAAACAGUGACUUUUGCUGUGAAGGAAAACAUUCGGGACAAGCUGCGGCCCAUCUCUCUGGCGAUCACACACACUAUACGAAGAAGACAUCACCAUCACACGGGACACCAUAACCAGCUGAGCCCCGUCCUGAGCCUCAGUCCCUCCAACACACUCUACUCUGAGGUUAAUUUUGUCAGGGAAGGGUGUGGUGAGGAUAAAAUAUGCCAGAGCAACCUUCAGCUUGUCUAUCAGUUUGGCACAAAAGCACCCAUUUCAAACGACUUCACUCCUCUACCGCGAGACGGGUCUGAUGUGCCGGUGUUCUCUCUGUCGGAUCAGAGGUCAAUAGUGCUGGAGGUCACGGUGACUAACAUGCCGUCUAACCCAGAAACCCCGCAGGAGGAUGGAGAUGAUGCCCACGCCGCCCAGCUGCUGGUGUCUCUGCCAAACACGCUCUCGUACUCUGGACUCAUGGGGCAGCAGGUGUUGUGUGAAGUCAAUCAGAACGGCUCUCAGGCGCUGUGUGAACUGGGCAAUCCAUUCAAAAGAGAAGCGACGGUCAAAUUCUAUCUUAUUCUGAGCACUUCUGCGAUCACUAUAGAAACUACGUCACUGUCUGUUCAUCUCGCACUGUCCACGAUAAGUGAGCAGCCUUCUUUGGCCCCUGUUACGGCGUUUGCGCGAGUGGUGAUCGAACUUCCUCUGGUGCUCAGUGGGCUGUCUCGCCCUCAUCAGCUGUUCUUCAGCGGAGAGGUGAGGGGAGAGAGCGCCAUGACAUCACUGGAGGACGUCGGCAGCGCAGUGGACUAUGAAUUCAUUAUGACUAAUACUGGGCAGUCUCUCCAAACGUUCGGCUCGGCAUCUCUGAACAUCCUGUGGCCGUACGAGCUGAUCAAUAAGAAGUGGCUGUUGUAUCCGAGCUCUCUGCAGAUCGACGGCCAUCCACACACUCGCUGUGAACCACAGUCGGCGCUCGACCCUCUGCAUCUGGCCCAGGCAGAACACCUCAAGAGCAGCAGAAAGGUGCGCUCGCAUCAGGAAACCGAAGCAGACGUGGUUCCCAAAAACCCUGAAGGCAAAAUCACUCCAGCUGUGUCUGCGUCUGAGAGGAGGAGGUCUCUCACACUGGAUUGUUUACUGGGCUCUGCACGCUGCCUGCUCUUCCGGUGUCCUCUAGACAAGUUCUCCGGCUCCAUCCAUAUCAGGAUCAGAGCAAACUUGUGGAACAGCACUUUCAUUGAGGAGUUUUCAUCGGUCAGUGCCGUAGAGCUGCUGGUCAGAGCCAAUAUCACCAUUAAAUCCGACAUCAGGCAUCUAGUGCUGAAGGACGCAGCUACACAGGUGUCAGUGAUGAUUUACCCAGAGAUCGGGCUCUCAGACCAGCACAGCAUCCCGUGGUGGAUCAUCCUCAUUGCCGUCCUGGCUGGAGUUAUUGUUCUUGCGCUGCUCGUGUGUGUACUGUGGAAGUGUGGUUUCUUCCAUAGGGUUCGGCAUGAAGAUCAAGUGCCCCAGUAUCAAGCUGUGAAGAUCCUGCGGCAAGAGACGCCACUUCUGGACAAGACUUUUAUUUUGCACAAAAAGCAAUGGACGACCCACUGGAGCGAUGGGACAAUCUAAUAUUCAUCCUUUUGUCCUCAGAAACAUGGACGCUGACCAGAGACUGCAGUGGACUUGCACUGACCAUAAACAUACACUGCUACACAUUUUUAUGAAGCAUUUUAUAAGUGUCAUUUUCUUCAGUGUUCUGCAGAUCGAAAGAAAAUUUUAGGAGGACAGCUGGAUCGAGCUGGAUAUAGUAUAUAAAUGGAAAUAUAUGCACCUAGUAUUAAAAGUGUUAUUUAACAUA